GGGUUGUAACUCUAAUAUUGAUAAAAAUUGUUGACAAAAAUUACAUACAAUUCUGCUAAAUUUGUUUUAAAUUUUCUAUUUCUUAUUUGCGUUAGCUAUAUUUUAUUCUUUUCUUAACGUAGCACCUUUCGGUAAGCCCACCUUUCAAUGACUUUGACUUUAUAAAUGUGUUGUAUUACUUAUAUUGAUGUUAUAUUAGUAAGUUAAAAGUUAAGACUUUUACUUUUAGUUUGUUUAGUUAGUGACUGAAACUGAAUAUAUUCAAGAGACAGAGUGAGUGAGGUUAUUAGUAAGAUGCACUAUCUAUUGAUAGUGACUCCUUGGCUACUGCAGCCUUGGUGGAUGGUAAAUAGUAAAUGUAAUGAUAAUGAAAUGUCUAUGAUAAUACUCUACUCAAUGAUUCUAUAGUCUAUAGUCUAUGGACUAUGAUUCUAUGAUUCAGUCUACUAUGUCUAUACUAGUCUAUGGCCAAUAUGUCCAGUAUGGUACUCGAACGAUAGUCUAUUAAUAAUAUUAUUCAGUUUCAGUCUAUCAUUCUAUGACUAUACUUUACUAUGUCAUGAGUAUCAUAAUCAUGUAUCAAUCAUGAUCAUAUCAAUAAUAUCAUACUCAUAGUUAUAGUAUAAAAAUUCAUAGUCAUAUAGUUGAGUCACUAGAUUAAUUUCAUAGAGUCAUAGUGAUAAUAAUCACAGAGUUGAUAGUGAUAGAGACAUGCUAUUUUGACAAUUUAAUUUUGGUCAUUUAGUUUAGACUUCAGAAGUUGAUACUAAAAACUCCAACACAAAUUAGCAAUUACAUACAGUUAGUUUUAAAUGAUCAUUAUUUUAAUUUUAUUGAAUGAGACAAGUAAACUGUAAACAACUACCAGUAUCAUCAUAUGCAAGUCCUUUCAAACUCAAAGUUAAUUUAAUUGCGUAUCAUUAUCUAUUGCGAUUUUUUCAAUUGUCAUGUUGAGUAAGUUAGUGUAAGACAAUUAUUAGACUAUUUUUCUUACUAACUUAUAUAUACUUAUUACUUUGACUUAGUCACAAUAAAAUGUUAAAAAGUACUUAUAAUAUUAAUAGUUAUAAGUAGUCCAUAACACUAAGUCACUAAACCUGCUCUUGUGACUUGCGCUUUUUUAAAUUUUAAUUCUAGGAUCACCUUAACUUGUUAGAAAUACAUUAUUUUUUGUAUAAUCUUUGAAACAUCAACUUUAGACUUAAUAAGUCAGUUUAGUAAGUUAGCUAUAAAAUCUCUCUUUUGAUUGUAUGCUUUUAAAAAUUGUUAAAGAAAUUUGAAUUUUAAAUAAAUUGUAUACUCAUUGGCCGCUUUGAAUAGAUCAAACUUAUGAAUAUUGAAAUCUAUCUUCCAACUCGUUGGCCACAUAAUAAUUAUGCUCUGCAUUUAGACGAGCAUAUAUUUGAAAUAUAAUUAACAAAUACACUUAUUAUGCAUCAUCUUAUUGUUUUCUUUUAGAACCACCGAAACAAUCAUGGCCUUAUACAAAGGUGCUGCCAAAGAAGCUGGGAGAGCUGCUACUCUCCUUAAAAAAAGAGCCAAAGAACAGGAAGAAGCAGAAGCAAAAAAAAAGAAAAUUGAAGAAGAACUUGCUAUUGGAAAUAUUCACAACAAGUUUGCAACCCAUUAUGAUGCUAUUGAACAAUCGCUAAAGUCUAGUACUAUAGGUUAGUCCCUUUUUUUUAAUCGUUCCAUUUCUUAAAAUUUCUCCCAGUAUAAUUCAGUGCACCUAAAUUUUUAGUUUAUUGCAGCAUAGAUUUAGCUCCUUUAACAUUUACCUCAUCUUAUUUUAAAGAAAAUCUUGUAAAUACAAUGGUUCUCAAUAAACAUACUAAUAUUAAUUUAGCACAAAUUGUAAUGCUUUAUACUAUAUCUCCUUUUUUAGGUUUGGUUACCCUGACAGAAAUGAAAGCACGCCAGGAAAAUGUCAUCAAAGAGAGAGAGCGACAGUUGGCUAAGAAAAAUGCAGAAGCUCGGUUGAUAGAGAAGGCUAAAGCAGACAAGAAAAAAAAAGAUCAGAGAAAAGUAUUUGAAUGCUGUUCAGUUUUGUAUUCUGCUAUUAGGCUAAGUUAAGCCUGGACUAUUUUAAGAUUAAUACUCAACCAAGUGAAAUUAUUUUUAAGAUCCAAGCAAAUCUCUAUUUUAUGUGAUAUAAUUUAUUUUCAGGUAUAAAUUAUUCUUAAUAAAAACUAGCUAAGAAUAGACAACUUUUAGAAAAUUUAAAAUUUAGAAGACAAUUUUGAGAGAUAAUGUUUUACAUGGUCACAAACUCCAAAUUGAAUCAUUUUCCAGCAAUAUAAUUCUAGCAGAUAGAAGCAUGAAUUAUUAGACUUGUUGCCUUAAGGAUGGCAAUUCAAAUUUGGCAUCUCCCAAUUUUUCAGCUCAUAUUCAAAUUUAGAUUUUCUCUGGCCUUAAAGUUAUUAUUAACCUCACAAGAAACAGGAAUUGAGUGUGCACUACUUAAAUAAUAAUUUUUUUUAAAUUUCAUCUCAUUUUAAACUUAACUUUUCUGCAAAGAUCACAAUGCUUUCAUUUGACCUGGAGCAUGAUGAAGAGGAUGAUGAAGACAAAGAGGCUGCUGAAGACGAUGAGGGGGAUGAAGAUGAAAAGGAAGAAAGCAAAUCUAAAGACAUAUCAGAGCAAGGAUCAACAAGCGCACAAGAGAGUCAAAUAGACGAGAAUGAUGACUCAUAUGACAUAGAAACUCUUGAGGAACGUAAAGAAAGAAAACGUAAAAAGAGACUAGGUAAAAUCCCUGUGAUACAUGUGAAAGAUUGUUGAACUUGUAAUUUGUGUAGCCAUGGUUUAGGGUUUUUAUUUGAAAUAGUGUUUGACAUGACGGCCUGAGUCAAGGAAACUUAAAUCCUAUUCAUAUAAAACAACACAGCAAGGUCAACAAAGUUUGAAUAUUAAAAACUCUUCUAUUUAACAGUUUCUUAACCUUUCUCUCACCAAUGUCCAUGUUCGCCAGCAUCUGAACUUUUUUUUAUGCUGAAAUGAAAAAAAUCAAAUCAAGUCUACCACUUUGCAGGAAAUGUAUACAAUUUUAAAAUGUAUGUUUUGAGCGCCUUUUGUACAAUGUCAUGACAGGUAUGAACCCAGCGGUUGACACAAGUUUCUUACCAGACAGAGACAGAGAUGAAGAAGAAAAUAAACUGAGGUAAGGGUUAACAUUGAUGCAAUUGAAACCUGGUGAAAUCUGUAGAAGGAUAAAUUAUGAUGGGGAUUGUGAAGAAAAUAAUAAUUGACGAUGUUCAGAAAUAGAUGUGUGUUGGUCACAAAUGGGCCAGUUCUGUUAUCAUUGUAGCUAAACUUGCCAGCUCCUUGAUCAUGUAAAGAAUAUUUGUGUUUUUAUUGAAAAAUAUUUAAAUUGGUUCGCGAAUGUAAUUUUGAAAGAUCUAGUUGGUUGAUAAAUGAUUAAACUUGAGAGAAAUUAGCCUCAAAAUAUUAGUUAUGCUUUUCCUCCAGAGAGCUCCUACGACAGGAGUGGGUGGCCACUCAAGAGAGAAUCAAGAAUGAGGAGAUUAACAUCACAUACAGCUACUGGGAUGGUUCUGGGCACAGGAGACAGGUAUGCUAGGAUGCAGCUACUUCCAAACAAUGGAUUGUUCAGGUCCUUUGUUAGUGAACUAAUAAAUAAUAUAAGUUUCAGUGAAUUUUUAUAGGCUUGGUUUGAAGUUGAAAGACUAAAUGUGUAUUUUGUCCCAACACUUCACCUCAGCUUACAAUUACAAAGGCAAAUAAGUUUUAGAUACAUCGACACAGGGGUGACCUCUCUAAACUACUUCCUGAAAAUUAGCUAUUAAUUUUUUUCUACAGUUAAGGAAUCAUAUGAAUGAUGCUUUUUAAUUUUAUACAACUUAAGAUGUGUAUGACUCUUUUUGUUAAACUACUUGAGUAUGUAUGAAUUUUUGUGCUAUACUUCUUAAGUAUGUAUGAUUUUUUUGUUUUAUACUACUUAAGUUAAAUAUGACAUUUUGAUAUCUACUACUUAAAAUCAAUGUUUAUUCUCAGGCCAAGAUGAAAAAGGGCAACACAGUGCAGCAAUUCCUUCAGAAGUGUCUGGAGAGUCUACGUAAAGAGUUCAACGACCUUGUUCCUGUCUCUGUAGACCAGCUGAUGUAUGUCAAGGAAGAUCUCAUCAUCCCCCAUCAUUACUCAUUCUACGAUUUCAUCGUGACCAAGGCCAGGGGCAAAAGUGGGCCUUGUUUCAAUUUUGACGGUAACGAUGAGAUUCGAAUUGUGAACUACGACAAGGUCGAGAAGAGUGAGUCUCAUGCUGGGAAGGUCUGUUUGAGGAGCUGGUAUGAGAGAAACAAGCACAUAUUCCCUGCUAGCCGCUGGGAGCCUUACGACCCGGAGAAAAGUUGGGACAAUUACACAAUCUCUGAUAAAAAUGCUGUCAAGAUCACAGUGAAAUAACUGUGCUGCCUUGACGGUCUAUUACCCCGACAUUUGUAUAAACAUUUAACCUACAACUUAAACCAUUUUUUUCCCUCAUCAUAAUGUUAUGAAAUAUUUAAAUAAUUUAUCAAUUUUUUUAAAACCAAUUUCAGAAUUUUUGUCAGCAAACUUGGGUUCAAUGUUUGCCCCUUUCAACAGCUGAAAAUGUGAGCGUUUCCAACACAGAUGUUUACCCACAUUCUUUUCACUUUCUUUAUGUCAUUUACUCUUAUCAAAUUUAAAUAAAAGAAAUUAAAUUAUUCAGUUCACUAAAAUCAGAUCAUGAAUAUUUUUUUUCUAAAAGUAGGAACUAUUCAUAAAUAUCCAAUUUACUGUUAAAGUUUAAUCCAUCAGUGUACAGGUAUUUUCAGUGUUCAGUUAGUUCUAUCUAUGUAAUGGUAUGUUAAGAUUUUGUCAAAGAUUUUAGCUCAGUUUUACAUCCCCCCCCUUUUGAUUUCAAUUUGCAAAUUUGUUUUAAUUUUGAAUAAACAUUGAAUAAAACAAGUAAGAAUUUUAC